CCCUGGGCUGGGGAGGCGGCGCUGGGUGUGCAGCAGGGCGGGGAAGACAUCGCUCCUGUGGCUGGAUUCACCCCACCCUCCUACCCCAUAGCCUCUGCCCGAACUGAAUGGGGAGCGAGAGCGGCUCCUUCCCGCAGCGCUGAGCCCUUCCCGCGCUGAUUAGACAGCGUAAAGCGCCGCCGGCCUCUUUCGCUGGGCAGCAGCUGCGCCGCCCGCGCUCCCAGCCGGCAUGUCCGCCGCCAGACAGCGGAGCAGCAAGGGCAGCGGCUCGGCGGGCUCGGAAAAGGGAGCCCAGUCCCACUCCGGCGGCGCGGAUGACGUGGCAAAGAAGCAGCAGCAGCAGCAGGCUCCCGCCAAGGGGAGCAAAGCAGCGGCUGGAGGCCGCCCGUCCCCCUGCAGCCUGGGCAAGGCUUUUCACGCUCUCUUGUCCCUCGCGCUGGUCGGAGCCGCCGUGUUCUCGGGCUGGGGCGUGCAGCACCUCUUGGGGGAGGUCAGCCAGCUCAGCCUGCGCCACGAGGGCGCGGCGCGGCAGCGAGAGGAGCUGGCUCACGCCCUGGAGGGAGUCGUGCAGAAGGUGCAUUCUCUUCAAGCCACAUUUGGAGAUUUUGAAUCCAUGAUGAAAAGUGCUCAGCAUAAACAAGAAGUUACUGAGAAGAGUGUUAAACAAGGGGAGAGUGAAAUAAAUCGAAUCAGUGAAGUUCUUCAAAAACUACAAAAUGAAAUCCUGAAAGACCUGUCUGAUGGCAUCCAUGUGGUAAAGGACGCAAGAGAACGAGACUUCAUGUCGCUUGAAAACACUGUGGAAGAAAGAUUAACAGAGUUGACCAGGUCUAUCAAUGAUAACAUUGCCAUAUUCACUGAAGUCCAGAAAAGAAGCCAAAAUGAAAUCAACGAUAUGAAAGCAAGGGUGGCUUCACUGGGAGAAAUAGAUGUGUAUAAACAUGAAUUAAAGGCGCUGAAAGAUGCUGUUGAUGAGAUGCAAACAUCCAUGAAAACCAAAGAAAAGGCCAUAGAGUCUCUGAAAAGUACAAUAGAGUCCAUGGAAUCUGAUGUUUAUACUGAAAUCAAAGCAUUAGUCAACCUCAAACAGGAACUUGAGAAGUUCAAAGAGACUGCAGACACAGAACACCUUUCAUUAAAAGCUUUUCAAGAGAAAGUUCUUAAAGCUGAAGAAUCCAUUAUGCAGCUCCCUGAUGAGAUUAAAAGACUUGAUGAAGAUUUACUGCAAAUUAAAGCCAACCUUAACAAACAGGAAGAAAAUGUACUCUCCAAAAAUGUGUUAGAAACCCUUGAAAAGAACAGGGAAGACUCUGAAUUCAGAUUCAGACGUGUAGAAGACAAUUUUCAGUCUCUAAGUUCUACUGAUACUCAACAGACUGAAAAGAUGGAAUCACUUCUUUCUAAGCAUGAAGAGUAUGAAAGCAAGCUCGCUGCUCUAGAGGAAGCCAUUGCAUCUCUACGUAGUACCUCAGAUGUUGAUGUACAUUCAAUAACCGACACUGUGCGAAGUCUUAGUGAAUCUCAGCUCUCAUUAUACAAUGAUGUUGAUGAACUGAGAAGAAGUGUGAGUGACCUACCAGACUCUGCUGAUGCACUUCAUAACAUCCAGAAACAAGUUAGUGCUUUGCUGGAUCAAGAAAAGCCUCAGAUGGGCCAAGCACAAUCUCAAGACUAUCUUGAAAAACUGUCUUCUGUAGAAGGCUCUGUAGACAAAUUAAGAUCUUUUGUCAAUCAAGUCGAAUCUGACUUGAAAAUGAUAAGAACUGCAGUAGAUAGUUUAGUUGCUUACUCAGUGAAAAUAGAAACUAAUGAGAACAACGUGGAGUCUGUGAAGAGUUUGGUAGAUGACCUAAGGAAUGAUCUGGAUAGAUUGUUUAUGAAAGUAGAAAAGAUACAUGAAAAAGUUUAAGUGAACAGUGCUAAUUGUGCAAGUAUUGAAUUUAAAAGAAUAGCUUUUGUAUACCCAGUGUUUUGACACCUCCAAAAAAAACAAGGACACAUAAUUAGAGACAGUUCUGUUUAGUUCCUGGAUCGCUCUUCUGUUUAGUUUCAUUUUUUAAAGUUUUGGAUGGAUAGGUGGGUGAGUAGGGUAAGUAGGCCUAGUCUACACUAGAAAGUUGUACUGCUUUAAGUAUACUGGUAUAGUCACAGCAGCACAAUCUCCCUACUGUAGACAUAGGCUUGGUCUGUACUUAAAAUUAGAUCGACCUACCUUCAUCGCUCAGGGCUGUGAAAAAUGUGUCCCAUGCAACAUAAUUAGGUUGACCUAACUCCCUGUGUAGAUACAGCUAGGUCAAAAGAAGAAUUCUUCUGGUGACCUCGCUACCACCUCUUGUAGUUAAUCCGUCUCUCCAUCAACUGAAAAAAACCCUUCUGUCGUUGUAGAAAGCAUCUACACUAUGAUGCUACAGUGGCACAGCUACAAUGCAUAGCUGUGCCACUGUAGCAGCUGUAGUGUAGACAUGCCCAUAAAUAUAUUGAUAUCAAGGUGCUUUAUACUGGAUUAGCUAUUCCCAUAGUGGAAGGGGAGUAACUAUAUUGGCAUAAGGUACCUUAUACUGCUGUAACUGCAUCCACACUAGGGCUUUUAGUGGUAUUACUGUUUUGAUUAAAACCGAACACACCCUUAAUCAAAAUAUUUAUGCUGGUAAAACUUUUACGUGUAGACUAGGCCUGAGGCAACUCAUCUGUUUCUUCAGCUUAUUCCACAGUGUAAGGAAAGAAGCAAGUUCUGACUGCCAUGCAUACAUAACCGCACACAGGAGAACUCAUGGAGCUGGGAGAAGUAUAGGGCAACUACAGACUCUAGAUCUCCAAAAAACCUGAGACAAGAGCUGCUGAGGGGUGUUCGAGGGCACUGCUAAAGAGUACACAUACAUUUGUGCCCAUAUGCCCCUUUCCCCAGCACCUCCAAACCCCCAUGUACAGAUUAGCAUGGCUGGGAGGAGGAAUCUGAAUUGAAGGAUGUGAUUCAUUGCCAGAGGGCUCAGUAACGUUUUGCCAUGUUAUUUUGAGAUUAUUUACAUUGUCAGAAUCUUUCCCUUGAAGUCCUAAUUCCUUUUUUGUGAUAUCAUGGUUAGUUGCUGGGGAGAUGAUUGGGGCUUUGAGUGAGAAAGACUGAGGAGAGAAACUAAAAACACCACCGCCUGUGCCGGCACAGCCCCCUAGUGUAGAUGCAACCUACACUGACACAGGAGUUGUUCUGCCUGUGUAGGAACACCACCUCCCCCAGUGACUUUCGCUAUGCCAACAGAACCUCUCUUCUAUUAGCACACAAACGGGGGGUUUUGUCAGCAUACCUAUGUUGCUGCAUGGGGGAGGGGCGUCACACCCCUGACUGACGUAGCUAUGCCAGGGUAUGUUUUAGGUGUAGACCAGGUCUAAGCCUGCUAAUAAUACCACAGGAGGAGGAAGAGAAGAUUCAGAAUGAUACCAACAGAAUUGUUUCUAAAAAAAAAAAAAUGCCUUUCAAGAUUGCCCUUGAGGUGACAGUGACUUUAAUUAGUAUUAUUGUAUUCUGUACCACUGGAGUCAGUGGAAGUGUGUCAUUGACUUCAGUGGAGUGGAAGCAAGCCUCAGGUUGGCUGAGAACCACAAUAUGUGUCAAAUAUUAAAGAAUUUCAGGCAUUCUAAGAACCUCUCGAACAUGGAACUUUCUGGGGGUUUGUACCCUAGAAAAGGAUUUCUGAUUUCUUUUCUUUCUGAGGUUUACUUUUCAGAGGUUGUUUUUCAAAGGUAUUUAUGCCUAGGUGCAGACCGCUCUGUACAUGGGGAUAUCUGCUAGCCCACAUUACAGAGAGUGUAAUGCAUGCCCUUUUUUAGUCAACUCUUUGGCUGCAUUAGAAAAUAAUUCAUAGUAUUAGCACCUCCCACAAGUGGUAAUUUCUGGGAACAGCAGAGGUAAAGAGGGAGUCCCCUCCAAUAUUUAAGAAUAAAAUACCCAGUCAUCUGUAAUGCUGUUACCACUGUACAUAGUGAGAAGUUGCUAAUAAGUCAACUAAGUCUUCAUAAGUGAGGUGGAUGCACUGCAUUGAGAUAAUUUUGUUGUUACUUUUUGAACUGCACUGUUCUUGUUGACUUUCCUUUUCAAGUUUUUAACAGUUGUUUAGGUUACUGUGAAGUGAACUGUAUGGCUUAUUUACAGUAUUUUUAAUACAUAAUAAACACUUGGAAUUGUA